GGCCGCCGCGAUUUUGGAUACCAAAUUCAAAGUUUUUAAAAGUACCCGGCAAGGGCGGCCGCGCACUCACUGCCCACGGGCUGUGGCGGCUGGAGCUAUGCAGGAUAUGAACAAAAUAAUGAAAACAAACCUUGACCAUUCUUUCAAAAUGAAAUGUGAUUUUAAUUGUACCUCUCUUCACUCUGGGUUCACACCAUCAAAGUCUGCUAUGGAAAAACCAAGACUGGAAGAAUCCUGCCCCUUGAGUUAUGAGGAAGGGUUUUGUAAAGACUGUGCCAAAGAGUGUCAGAAAGUAUUCCUUAGUGAAUCAUACCAUGCGGUCCCCAGAAAUCUAGAUCUUAAAGAUGAAGGAAGGCCUGUACAUAACAAAGAAAACAAACAAGUAACCCAGAGACUUGGUGAAGGUGUCUAUGAAAUGGAGGCACUGGAAAAUAGUAAAUUUAAUGAUGACAGUGGUUACUCCUCUAUGUUAAGCAAUCAGUACAGUGAUCCAGUAGAAUAUGAGGAUAGUAUACCCUUGGCUGGAAAUCUCUGUGACACACCAAAGCACUGUCUCAUGAAGAACCAAAACCAAGUACAGUUUUCAAAGAAGACUUUGUUGCCAGUAAUCCAUUAUGAAGAAUUGAUUUGCUCAACUUUGAAAAAAAGUGGUAAAAGAAAUCUCAAGUCUUGGACUGCAGCAGACAAGAUUGUUUUUAGGGGAAAGUUUGAACUUCAUAACCUGAUUGGAAAGAAAAUGGGGUUAGACAGAAUAGACAUUCUUGCCGAACUCUUCCAAAAGAACCUGAAGCAUAUAUUAGCAAACAUCUUAAGGCACCUUGAUGAGAUGGAUUUAAUAAAUGUUGCCAAAGUCAGCAAAACAUGGAAGAAGAUUCUACAUGAAGAUAAAUGGGCUUUCCAAACAUAUAGUAAAGCUGUGAAAAACAUUUCUGAUGGCAUUAAAACAUCAGAACAUGCUGCAACAAGGGAAUAUGUUCUCUACCGAGCAGCUUUAGCUUCUGUUCAGAAAGCCACCCCACCAAAUAACUUUUAUAAAAAAGGCACCAGAUCCAAAGCAUCCAAGAAUCACAGCAGACUCAUGGAGUUUUCUGAGGCUGCCAAGACUUUGAAAAAUUCUGAAAGCCUUAAAGUCUGCCAUCACUGUGGCUCACCUGCAAAGUAUGACUCCUAUCUACACAGAGCAAUAUGCAAUCGUGAAAGCUGUGGCUUUGACUUUUGCACAAAGUGCAUGUGCAGCUACCACAGCUCCAGUGACUGCAUGAGUAGCAAACCAGUGAAACCAAACUCUAAGCUAGGGCCACUUCCCGGGACUAAGAAAAGCAAACAGAAUCUACGGCGAUUGUGAUCCGUCCUAAUACAAGUUGACAGAUAAGCCAUAAAAGUUCUUUCAGAUAUAAAAGUUACCCAAGAAGAAAACCAAACAUGAAAAUGCUUCCUGCUAUUCUAUAUUCAAAAAACCAAAAAAAAGUUAAUUGUAUAAUGCAAUAUUUGGUCUUGUUUAAAUUCCUGAGAAUUUUCACAAAUAUCCAUUUUAAAAUGUCUUACUAAUUAAUAAGUAUAAAAGAAAACUCUGGAUAUGGAUUCUAAUAACAUUUUAAAUAUAGUGUUGACAGUUUCUAUCUGCAGUGUUCUAGUCUUCAAAAACUGCCCACAGUAAUAUUCAACAAAGUAAAAAAGUCAUCUUUGGCAAGUACCCUUCCAUGUGUAACAAUUUUUGAAUAGCAGAACAGAAAAGCAUAAAUUUUGUUUUAAUUAAAUGUUUGCUCUUGGUGUUCCAAAAGUCUUUUAAAGCUUUUAUAGUGAAAAUUUAAGGUGGGUGAGGUCCAUUUUAACAUAAAAUUGUGUGGGGACUCUAGAUUUUACUAUUUUUUGAGGCUUUGCCUUAAUUUUAAAAUGUGAAAGUUUACCAUUUUAUCUGAUGAUUUGCCUUAUGUGACUCUUUUGUUGCCGUGCCUUCAUUCUUCACUCAUUCAGGGGUCAUUGUGAUCCUAUCCUUUCCAAUUUAAAAAAAAAAAAAAGAGAGAAAAGUACUGUAUCUUGGCUAUAUUGCUAAAAAAAAAAAAAAAGCCUUUGGUUUGCUAUUUUUUCCAAAUUAUAAGACAUAUUUUAACUAUUUGUAUAUAUUUGUAAAUACCACUUUAAAUAUUUUCAUGUGUUUGUGUUGUAAAUGUGAAAAUAAAUUACUGGUUUCAACAGA